GCGUAGGGCGACGAGUAUGACUAGAAGAUUAAAAGAAAACCAUGCUAUAUUUAUGAAGAUUAUUAUAUUGCACACGUCCCUUCUUUGUGAUUAAUUUUUAAAAUACUCCUCAUUGUAUUCCACCGUGCCUUGGCUCUUUGACUUCUCCCAUUACUGGAGUUUCCAUGCCACUCCAGCUGCCCCAUCUCCACCCGAGCUUUGGUGCCAGCAUAUGGUCGGCGCCACACAAAGACGGAGUAGGAGGCCACGAGCUUCACCUCCACCUGUCUUUCAUUACCUUCCUGUGUUGCUGGCUCCGACCCCCUCCUCUCUCCCCGAGCGCUGCUGGCCAGCUGGCUGCUGUCGGGGUGUCACUUUCCUGGCUCGGAGAACAUGAAGAGGCUGUUUUGUUGUCUGGAGGUUAGUGUUGGUGAGACCUUGCUCUGUCGUAGCUCCCCCUUUACGCAGGAACAGAGAUGGUGCUUCAUCGGGCCAUCCAGGCGGCUCGAGAAGGGGACCUCGCUGCUCUGAGGGACCUGGCAUCUUCUGGGUUUCUCCCCUGUGACAUCAACGACGCUCAGGGUGCAGGCCCCGUGCACCACGCAGCCAGGUGUGGACAGCUGGACUGCCUGCAGUUCCUGGUCAGAGACCUGGGUCUGCCUGCAGACUCUCCGGCUUCGAACGGGGCCUCGCCGGCACACGAUGCAGCAGCUACUGGGAACAAGAGGGAGCUGCAGUGGCUCGUGGACCAAGGAGGCUGCAACAUCGAGCACAAGGACGCUGCCGGUGCCACGGCCCUUCACCUGGCGGCUCGCUUUGAUCACACGGAGGUGAUUCAGUGGCUGCUUUCUGUCAGGGGAGUGGCCGACGUGGAGACGAGCUGCGGGGCUGUACCUGCUCACUAUGCUGCAGCCAACGGCAAUCUCACCUGUUUGAAUCUCCUCCUCUCAGAGGCACCUGGGUGUGUGAACCACCAGACAGGUAUCGGGGCUACCCCCCUGUACCUGGCCUGCCAGGAGGGGCACCUGCAUGUUGCUGAGCGCCUGGUCAAACACUACGGAGCUGACGUCCACCUGAGAGCCCAGGAUGGGAUGACCUGCCUGCACGCAGCUGCUCAGAUGGGCCAUGAAGCGGUGGUGGCGACCUGCACGGACGUGGGCUUGUCCUGUCAGGACAGAGAAGGAGCGACUCCUCUGCACUUUGCUGCCAGCAGGGGGCACUGUUGCAUCUUGGAGAAGCUGCUCUGCAUGGGGUCAAAGGUCAUCCAGGAUUACUGGGGAGGGACCCCUCUACAUGAUGCUGCAGAGAAUGGAGAGCUGGAGUGCUGUAAAGUCCUGCUGGUGAAUGGAGCAAACCCUACAGAUCAAGACAUUGACGGAUUCACAGCCGCAGACUUAGCAGAGUACAACGGCCACUCCGAAUGUGCCAGAUAUCUCCGUGCCAAAGAGAGAAACACGUGCACAGAUAAGCCCAUCGAGUUCAUCUCACCAGCGGAGGAAGAGGAGCUGAAGGUGAAGCCGACAGUAUUGUUGCGACACAACAAGCAGGACUACUACGGGAGCCUGAGUAAGGACUGCAGGGUCAGGCACAGCAGGAACACUCACAUGGAUAGUUUAAAGCAACCUGAGUGUGAGGAGUCACCACAGGCCAGAUACCCUCAGGCCCCCSCUGCUCCUCCUUUACCCCCUACCCAGUCCGGCAGGACUGCAGUCGACAGAAUAGAGCAAGUUCAAAUUGCGACAUCUGUUAUUAAAGGUUUCCAUCAAUCCAAGGAGGCCGGGAGUGAGACACAGAUCCCUGAUGACAAACCAUGUCUUGAUAAGAAACUUCUGUCUGAAAGGAAACUGCUCGGUGACAUGAAGUCCAUUAAAUCUUUGAGCGAGUCGGGAAUGUCAGGAGUCUUCAGCGGACAAGCAAGUAAGAUGGUGGUCUUGCCCACUGAAGAGGCCAACCUGUCGGACAUUGACUAUCUGGUGCCCACCCACGAUGAGAGGGGUCACCCUAUAGCUGAGUGGAAGAGGCAGGUGAUGGUGAGGCAGCUACAGGCGAGGCUUCUGGAUGAAGAGGAUCAGAGGAGACGGGAAAAUGGGAACCGAUAUGCCAAAGUGAACUGGAGGUACUCCCAAGCCCACAAUGCCAUCCUGGGGCCCUCUGGUGAGCUGUUGACUGAGGAUGACCUCAUCUAUCUGGAACAGCAGAUUGCCAACGUCUCCAUGCAGAGGAACUGUGAGGGAUAUGAGCUGGAGCUGGCUCGUCUGGCUGAGGAGCUCAGGCACAUCCUCCCAGCACCCAUAGUCAACAUCACUGUCAACACGCAGUUCAGGAACUUCCAAAGUCAGGUUCCCCUCCCGGUUUGGUGCGGCCGCAUCUCAGGCAUUGUGAAGAGCAUGUCUCUGCUCAUGACCAACCUGACAGACCAGCCCUACUGCAAGAUGCCCAACACUGAACUCAUCACUGUGUUUUCUCAGGCUCCGGACAGACAGACGUCAACCAGAGUGCGCAGGGAGAGCAUAGAGGAUGAAAUUCAUCAAUUCGGAGUGUCUGUGAGGACUUUGAAGUCAAACUUUGAGGCUCAGAAUGUGUCUUUGCCAAUUAAUCUCGAGGGGCCCAUCGUGUUUGAUCCUCCCACUCAGCCCGAGGGCACGAAAUCAGACAARGAGCCUAAAGUGUUGAGGCCAGCUCCAGAAACGGACCGGAACAGUGAUUCUGGCAUUGAACAUGAUGAAAACAGCGUGGACGUUCAGGACACCGUCAGCCUCAGAAARGAGCGUAUAGUAGUUUUGUUUUUAGGCCACUGGAAGAAAUCUGCCUACUCGAUCACWGUGAAGAGCAGGGACGACGUAGGGAGGAAGGYGAGCAGCGAAAACCCAGYGGCGGACGAGAAGUCYGGUUCUGGUCACAGGGACAGCACGGAGAGUGCACAGUCGAAUAUGAUGAACAGCACCCUCGGUCAUUUCUUCAAGCAAAGAAGCGCCGUCAACAAGAUGCUGGGAAACUGGAGGAAAAUGAUCUCCAGUGUUCCUUCCAGACAGAUACGCAGGCUCCACCGGCAGAGAACCCUCUUCUCCCCAGAGCAGUUCUUACCCCGUCUGGAUGGGGUUCCUGCAGAGUACGACAGCUUGACUCUGGAUCUCUUCAUGCUGGGGUACUUUCACAUCCUGGAGUUGGAUUUGCCCGUGGACGAACGCAAAAUGAGGCACUUGCUGUGCUUUGAGGUGUUCGACCGUGUGGGGAAGUUCCCCUGGGAGACGAUCAGGGACUUCCACAAGGCUGUGGUUCAGGACAUCGAGGCUGGGAACCGGGAGUGGAAGGACGGGUUUGAGGACAUCAAGAUAAAAUUCUUCGGAAACACUGUAAGCGAGUCUGAAGAAACUAUUAAAGUGGUGAAACACAGCCUUCCAGAGGUUAGACAGGUCCCUAAAGUCAUUGUUCAGACGCCUACACCUGAUGAGGGGGUGCUCUACAGAGGAACUGACAUUUCUAGUUUCAGUAAUGAAGAAAUAUGUCGGUACAUUGACCGCAGUUUUGCUUUUUGGAAAGAGAAAGAGGCAGAGAUUUUUGAUUUUGAGUAAAUUUUUUGUCAUGUUUUAUACUUUUUGUAUUCUUUGUAGUUCAGGAAUAUUAGGGUCAAACCUAAAUCUUGAAUUAUGGAUUUAACCAUUUCUACUGUAGAAGUUUGUAUAAGAAUCUCACUUUAUCUGUUGUACCUGAUGCAAUCUGCCCUGAAACAUCGUUUUUACAUUUUUUACAGCUUUAUUUUAUUGUGCUUUUAUUUAACAGUGGAUUUCAGAAGUUUGGACUAUGUUUUUAUGAUGUUUACUAUGUUUAUGUUAUUACAGUUUACUAUUUGUAAUAUAAUCUAAGAUAGUCUUUAAGGUAUCAAAGGUUUUAAAACAGGGAUGGGCAACUUAAGUGAUGGAAGGGGCUGCAAUAUUUUAUUGACACUGGAAGAGGAAACAGAAAACAAACUCUUACUUUAGUGAGCUGAAGUGAAAUGACAUAAAACUCCUUGAGGUCAGACUCCUGUAGUUCUGGUAAAAUGUCUGUGUUGUUUAUGUUUUUGUGACUUCUGUAAACUUCAUAUUUAGCUUUGUGCACCAUGUUAUAAUGAUGACAUGUUAAAAUCCUUCAUGGUAGACAGUGUCUUUAAGCAGACUAAACACAGGUUUGCCUUGAAACUCAAUGAGCAGAUAGUCGUCCCCGUAAACCCCCACC